AUGGCUGCUCGUCCAGGUUACGGUCAGCCAGACCCUAGAAAUCCUUUCGCCAAUCCAUCCCAACAGUAUUCCCGUCCUGGGGGCGACUAUGAUGCCGAAUCCGACGCGAGCGAUCACUACGGCGCUCGCACCGACAGCACUGCCCACCUUGCUGGUAAUGAGCAGUACUACGACCAGCCAGGCCAGUUUGACCCGUACGGUAUGUCAGCCAUUGCAUGCGAAAUUGAGGACAUUUUCCUCGAUCUUACUCAGAAGUUCGGUUUCCAGAGGGACUCUAUGCGAAACCAGUUUGACUUCCUGAUGCACUUGCUCGACUCCCGCGCGUCGCGAAUGUCUCCAAAUCAAGCGCUUCUCACUUUGCAUGCUGACUACAUUGGGGGCCAACAUGCCAAUUACCGCAAGUGGUAUUUCGCCGCUCAGCUCAAUCUCGACGAUGCCGUCGGCCAGUCACAAAACCCUGGCCUGCAACGCCUGAAGAGUGUCAGGGGGACCACGGCGAAGUCAACCGGUGCCAAGUCUCUUGACACUGCUUUGAACCGAUGGCGCAAUGCCAUGAACAACAUGAGCCAGUACGACCGCCUCCGGCAGCUUGCCCUCUAUUUGCUGUGCUGGGGAGAGGCCGGCAAUGUUCGUCUCACGCCGGAGUGCCUAUGCUUCAUCUUCAAAUGUGCCGACGAUUAUUAUAGGAGUCCUGAGUGUCAAAACCGGGUUGACCCAGUACCGGAAGGUGUCUAUCUUGAGACGAUCAUCAAACCUUUGUAUCGCUUCAUGCGUGAUCAAGGGUAUGAGUCUGUGGAUGGAAAGUAUGUGAGGAGGGAACGGGACCAUCAUCAGAUCAUCGGGUAUGACGAUAUUAACCAGUUGUUCUGGUAUCCUGAGGGCCUUGCGAGGAUCGUUCUCACCGAUAAGUCUCGCCUGGUUGACGUACCUCCCGCCCAACGGUUCAUGAAAUUCAGUCGUAUCGACUGGAACCGUGUUUUUUUCAAGACCUACUUCGAGAAGCGCUCAUCUGCGCAUCUCUUGGUCAACUUCAACCGCAUCUGGAUAUUGCACAUCGCUGUCUACUGGUUUUACACUGCCUUCAACUCCCCAAAGGUUUACGCGCCCCGUAAUAAGCAGUUUCCAUCGGCGCCUAUGACGUGGUCAGCGACUGCUCUUGGAGGAGCUGUUUCGACCACUAUCAUGCUUCUUGCGACGAUCGCGGAGUUUCUCUAUAUCCCUACGACGUGGAAUAACGCCUCUCACCUAACGACUCGUUUCAUAUUCCUUUUAAUAAUUCUCGCAAUCACGGCUGGCCCGACAGUGUACAUUGCGAAGGUGGAUGGUGUGGAUACGAAUUCACAGAUUCCCCUCAUUAUCGGCAUCGUCCAGUUCUUCAUUUCCGUCGUCGUGACCUUGGUCUUCGGUCUUCUACCAUCAGGACGUAUGUUCGGUGAUCGUGUCGCUGGCAAAUCAAGGAAGUACAUGGCUUCGCAGACCUUCACAGCGUCCUAUCCCGAUCUUCCUCGCUCUGCUCGUGCAGCGUCCAUCAUACUUUGGCUCCUCGUCUUUGGCUGCAAGUUUGCGGAAUCGUAUUUUUUCCUAACUUCGUCAUUCAGUAGCCCCAUCGCUGUCAUGGCUCGUACCAAGGUUCAGAACUGCAAUGACAAGUUACUCGGCUCUGCCCUGUGCGCCAAUCAAGUCCCAUUCACGCUCGCCAUCAUGUAUGUCAUGGACUUGGUGCUCUUCUUCUUGGACACGUACUUGUGGUACAUCAUUUGGGUUGUCGUAUUUUCCAUCGGACGCUCUUUCGCACUUGGCCUGUCCAUUUGGACACCUUGGAAAGACGUGUAUACCCGCUUGCCCAAGCGCAUCUACGCCAAGCUUCUGGCCACUGGCGACAUGGAGGUUAAGUACAAGCCCAAAGUUCUCGUCUCUCAGAUCUGGAAUGCCAUCAUCAUCUCCAUGUAUCGCGAGCAUCUCCUUUCCAUUGACAACGUACAGCGCCUUCUCUACCACCAAACCGAUGGUCCUGAUGGACGCCGUACCCUCCGAGCCCCACCCUUUUUCACGAACAAUGAAGGGAAUGGUUUCAAGGGUAACUUCUUCCCAGCUGGUGGCGAAGCGGAGCGGCGUAUUUCUUUCUUCGCAUCCUCCCUUACGACUGCACUCCCAGAGCCUCUCCCCGUCGACGCUAUGCCUACGUACACCGUGCUCGUCCCUCAUUAUUCGGAGAAGAUCUUGUUGAGCUUGCGCGAGAUCAUCAGAGAGGAGGACCAUAACACUCGUGUCACGCAGCUGGAGUACUUGAAGCAGUUGCACCCUGUCGAAUGGGAUAACUUUGUCAAGGACACAAAAAUUCUGGCUGAGGAGUCGCCCGACGAUGAUGAGAAGUCACAGAGCAAGACUGAUGAUCUUCCUUUCUACUGCAUCGGCUUCAAGACGGCGUCUCCCGAAUAUACCCUUCGUACCCGUAUCUGGGCUUCGCUCCGGGCACAGACGCUGUAUCGUACAGUCUCCGGGAUGAUGAAUUACUCCAAGGCUAUCAAAUUACUCUACCGAGUCGAGAACCCUGAUGUUGUUCAGAUGUUUGGUGGCAAUACUGACCGGUUGGAACGCGAGCUCGAGCGCAUGGCUAGACGCAAGUUCAAGUUUGUCAUUUCUAUGCAGCGCUACGCCAAGUUCAACAAGGAAGAACGCGAGAAUGCCGAGUUCUUGCUCCGUGCGUAUCCUGACCUCCAAAUUGCGUAUCUCGAUGAGGAGCCCGGCCCCAAGGGCGGUGACCCUCGUAUGUUCUCUGUGCUCAUCGACGGCCAUUCCGAGCUGGACGAGGAGACCGGCAAGAGAAGACCCAAAUUCCGUAUCGAGCUUGCUGGUAAUCCCAUUCUCGGAGACGGCAAAUCUGAUAACCAGAAUCACGCGAUCAUCUUUUACCGCGGCGAAUACUUACAGGUCAUCGAUGCCAAUCAAGACAAUUACCUAGAAGAGUGCAUCAAGAUUCGAAAUGUCCUUGGCGAAUUCGAGGAGUACUCGAUAUCUAGUCAGAGCCCUUACGCUCAAUGGGGUCACAAGGAGUUCAAGAAGUCGCCGGUCGCUAUCAUCGGUACUCGCGAGUACAUCUUCUCGGAGAACAUCGGCAUCUUGGGUGACAUCGCCGCCGGAAAAGAACAGACGUUUGGUACCAUGACAGCUCGUGCUCUGGCAUGGAUCGGCGGGAAGUUGCACUAUGGUCACCCUGAUUUCUUGCAUGCGACGUUCAUGACCACUCGUGGUGGUAUAUCCAAGGCCCAGAAGGGUCUCCACUUGAACGAGGAUAUCUUCGCUGGUAUGAAUGCCUUCGGUCGCGGUGGACGCAUCAAGCAUUCAGAGUACUACCAAUGCGGAAAAGGUCGAGAUCUCGGUUUCGGUACCAUCCUCAACUUCCAGACGAAGAUUGGUACCGGUAUGGGUGAGCAGAUGCUCAGUAGAGAGUACUAUUACCUUGGCACACAACUUCCGAUCGAUCGGUUCCUCACAUUCUACUACGCUCAUCCCGGUUUCCACAUCAACAAUAUCCUUGUCAUCUACUCUAUCCAGGUGUUCAUGGUGACUAUGCUCUACAUCGGCACAUUGAACAAGCAGCUCUCCAUAUGCAGAGUUGAUUCACAGGGCAAUGUGAUAAGUGGACAACCCGGAUGCUACAACCUGCUUCCUGUAUUUGAAUGGGUGAAGCGUUGCAUCGUGUCCAUCUUCUUGGUCUUCUUCAUUGCCUUCCUACCAUUGUUUUUGCAAGAAUUGGUUGAGCGAGGAACAGGCAAGGCCCUUAUUCGUCUUGCGAAACACUUCCUGUCACUAUCGCCCAUCUUCGAAGUAUUUUCCACCCAGAUUUACUCGCAGGCUAUCUUAAGCAACUUGACAUUCGGUGGCGCACGCUACAUCGCAACAGGACGCGGUUUUGCAACAACCCGAAUAUCUUUCACCAUCCUCUACUCCCGAUUCGCUGGCCCGAGUAUCUACAUGGGUAUGCGGAAUCUUCUCCUCCUACUCUACACUACAAUGGCCCUCUGGAUUCCUCACCUGAUCUACUUCUGGAUCUCUGUGCUAUCACUUUGCAUUGCUCCUUUCGUCUUCAAUCCUCAUCAGUUCUCUUUCGCCGACUUCAUCAUUGAUUACCGAGAAUUCUUGCGCUGGAUGUCACGCGGUAAUUCAAGGACGAAGGCUAGCAGCUGGUAUGGAUAUUGUCGUCUGUCUCGAACCAUGAUCACUGGGUACAAGAAGAAGAAGCUCGGUCACCCGUCCGAAAAGCUGUCAGGAGACGUUCCUCGUGCCGGUUGGAGAACAGUCAUCUUCUCUGAGAUUGUCUGGCCAAUCUGCGUCGCCACCAUAUUCGUUGUUGCCUACAUGUUCGUUAAAUCCUUCCCCGAUAGGAAUGGUAAUCAGCCUCCCAGUCCCUUGAUUCGCAUUGCCAUCAUCGCUGUCGGCCCUGUAGUGUGGAAUGCUGCGAUCCUAUUGACCUUAUUCUUCGUCUCGCUGUUCCUUGGGCCCAUGCUCAGUUCGUGGGCGAAGUUUGGCUCUGUCGUCGCGUCCGUUGCCCAUUUCGGUGGUUUACUUGGCAUGAUCGCAUUCUUCGAAUUUUUCUGGUUCCUUGAACUUUGGGAUGCUUCCCACGCAGUUCUGGGAGUCAUCAGUAUAGUCGCAAUUCAGCGUGCUAUCCAGAAAAUCCUGAUUGCUGUCUUCCUCUCUCGUGAGUUCAAGCACGAUGAGACGAAUCGGGCAUGGUGGACAGGUAAGUGGUACGGGCGCGGUCUUGGCACUUCCGCUAUGUCGCAGCCCGCUCGCGAGUUCAUCGUCAAGGUCGUGGAGAUGUCACUGUGGACAUCUGAUUUCCUCUUGGCGCACAUUCUGUUGAUCAUCAUGACUCCGCCCCUUCUGAUCCCAUACUUCGAUCGAAUACACUCCACGAUGUUAUUCUGGCUGCGGCCGUCCAAGCAGAUCCGCCCUCCACUGUUCUCUACGAAGCAAAAGCGGCAACGUCGCUGGAUUGUCUUCAAGUAUACCAUUCUUUAUGUCGUCGUCGUGGCUUUCCUAGCUGCAUUGCUUGUUCUCCCUGCGCUCUUCCGGAACGAGAUCACGUUCAACUGCACUAUUUGUCAAAAUAUCUAAUCAAUACAAUCUAUACGAUUGCCAGAUGCGACUUGGAUACUUUAGUACCGUUCCGCAUUCGAAGACGUAUUGAUAUCCAGGUUUCGCAGUGGCACAGGAAGAUAGAUCUUCACUUGUAUAUGGACAACAUACCUAUGAUGUGUCUUUGGUUCAUGUAAUGACCCAUAUAGUACUAUACUAGACUGCAUUCUCAUCGCU